AAAAAUCACCUUCUAUUGACAGUAAAAGCUUUUGGGGUCAGUCAGGCAAAAUACAGGGGGCAGAUACUGGAGAAAGCACCGCCACACGAACGGCAUGCUGGGACAGAGCAGCUGGCCCAAAACAGUAACAUAUGAUACGGCAAGACUUUUAAUACUUUUAGAAUUUUUGGAUUAUUUUAUCCAGGGAAGGUUCUGGCAUUCAGUCCGAACAAGGAAUAUACGGAGUUAACAGCAUACCGGAAUGUGAAGGUAUCUUUGUAAAGGGAGGAAACUCCUUGUUCAAAUGCCACCUACGAUAUGCUAGCGCUGCCAAAGCUAGCUAGCUCUCGCUAACUCGGACAGCUGGCUAGCUUCAUGUCCGCGUUGUUUUCCACCAAACCUCCGAAUUUAUCCUCCUUCUGAAUAAAUUUGGAAAUCCAUCCUUAGUCAGCAGUGAGGAUGGGAGUAAAGACCUUCACCCACAACUCCCCGAGUCACAGCCAGGAGCUGCUGGACAAGCUCAAUGCCCUGCGUGGUGAAGGCCAUUUCUGUGAUGUCACGAUCCGUGUCCAAGGCCAGCUCUUCUCUGCCCACAAGGUAGUGCUGGCCUGCUGCAGCGACUUCCUGAAGGCCAAGCUUUCAGGUAAGCUCAAUGAGGAAGAGGCUGGGGCUGAGGAUGACAAACCUGUGCUGGACCUUCAUCACGUGACGGUGGCUGGCUUUGCUCCCCUGCUGGAGUACGCCUACACCUCCACGCUUUCCAUCAGCACAGAGAACAUCAUCGAUGUGCUUGCUGCAGCCAGCUACAUGCAGAUGUUUGCGGUGGCCAACACCUGUUCCGAAUUCAUGAAGUCCAGCAUCCUGUGGAAUGCUUCUUCGUCUGCUGGGGCUGCUAGCAGUGCUGCAUCUGCAAGUCUCCAUCGCCCACAGGAGGCCCCAGAAGGUGCUGCAGGCUGCACCCUCGCACCCCUGGAUGCCCUCUCGCCUUCCCCAGUGUCAUCAGAGUGCAGCGUGGCAGAGCGACCGAUCCCUGUGUGCCGUGAGUCACGUCGUAAGCGCAAAGGUUUUGCAAGCCCACAGCCAGCCUCUUCUUCCUCUCCACAAGUCCCCAACCCCUCACCUUCCUCGUCCUCAUUCCCCGAGAGUUCUGCACAGACCCUUGAGCCUUCCCUGGCCUUUUCCUGGACCUACCCCUUCGGCGUGGAUCGCCGCUUCGCAUCUGAGAAGGCCAAGCUACCUGAGGGGCUGCUGGAGUCUGCUGGUGCGUCCGGGCAGGACCCAAGUGGUCGGGCACUAGUGGAGUACCUCUCAUGCGAGGGCCCUCGUGGGAUGGGUGUGGGUGGGACAGCUGUGGUAGAAGAGGAAGAGGAGGAUGUGCAAGUGAAGGUGGAAAGGUUGAGCGAUGAAGAAGUGCAUGAAGAGGCCUCACAGCCAGUCAGCGCCUCCCACAGUUCCCUUAGUGAUCAGCAGACUGUUCCAGGCAGCGAGCAUGCUCAGGAGGAUCUGCUCAUCAGCCCCCAGUCUUCAUCUAUAGGCUCCAUGGAUGAGGGGGUCACUGAGGGUCUUCAGUCCAUCCAGGGCACUCCAAACACCACCGGCCACAUGGAGGAAGACGAAAGGCUGGAAAACGUCCAGUACCCAUACCACUUGUAUAUCAGCCCCUCUGCUCGGCCCGGUCUCAACGGGCCUGAGCGCCCCUUCCAGUGCCCCACAUGUGGGGUCCGCUUCACCCGAAUCCAGAACCUCAAGCAGCAUAUGCUCAUCCACUCCGGCAUUAAGCCAUUCCAGUGCGACCGCUGUGGGAAAAAGUUCACGCGAGCCUACUCCCUAAAGAUGCACCGGCUGAAGCAUGAAGGUAAACGCUGUUUCCGGUGCCAGAUCUGUAGCGCCACAUUCACUUCCUUCGGUGAAUAUAAGCACCAUAUGAGGGUGUCCCGCCACAUCAUCCGCAAGCCUCGGAUUUACGAGUGCAAAACAUGCGGCGCCAUGUUUACCAACUCCGGCAAUUUAAUCGUACACCUGAGGAGUCUCAACCAUGAGGCGUCAGAGCUAGCAAACUACUUCCAGACCAGUGAGUUCCUCCUCCCAGACUACCUGAGCCACAUGCAGGAGGAGGAGGAGAGUCUGGCCCACUUCGAAAUGACCGAGCAGGCCUUUGAAACUGCGGCCAACACCGCCACCUCUUCCUCCUCCUCUUCCUCAGUCCAAACGCCCGUCAUCUCCCAGGUCUCCUCCACAAUGAACUACGACCCCCACCCCCCGGCGCCCCCAGCCCACAACCCGGGCUCCAGAGCGGCACAGGGGGGCGAGGCGGGGGGUGAGGGGACACCUGCGGAGCAACCUAAGAACGCCGUUGCUGUCACCUCUCUACCCGAGCCCGAGGAAGGCGAGAGAGAGAAAGAAGAGGAGGGACGAAAGCAGAAGAAAGCACUUGUGUCCAUUACAAUCGAGUGA